AUGGCACAGGAACAGAUCCCAGCGACCAUGAAGGCGCUGAGACUGAUGAAGUACAACGAGAACUACCGACUUCGCAGUGACGUUCCUGUACCUACUCCUGGCCCGCGAGAGCUACUCAUUCGCGUGGCUGCAGCUGGGUUUUGCCACACCGAUUACCAGGUCUACCAAGGUGCAUAUGGAACACAAUUGCCCUUCACCGGCUCGCACGAACCCGCAGGUACCAUUGUGCAGCUCGGAACCAAUGUUCUAGGCGAUUGGAAGGUGAACGACCGCGUUGGGGUGCUCAACUUCAGAAACCCUUGCAAGCUCUGUAGUGGCUGCCGAUGGCGAAUGAAGACAUAUGGCUCCUUGGAUGCACGUUACUGUGAGAAAAAGACCAUGAGUGGUAUUUUAGGGGCCGAUGGCGGAUUUGCUGAGUAUAUGGUCGCCUCGGACAAUGCCCUCGUGCACUUGCCCGAUGACUUGGCGUUUGAACAGGCAGCACCACUGAUGUGUGCCGGCGCCACCGUAUGGAAUGCUAUCAAUGAAACCGGACUAGAGAAGGGAAAGUCGGUCGCAAUUGUUGGAAUCGGGGGCCUUGGCGUGCUAGCCAUCCAGUUUGCCAAAGCGCGGGGCUUGCGGGUCGUUGCUAUCGACAACCGCGACGUUGGUCUAAGGCUUGCAUGCGAAGUACCUGCUCAUCUCAGACCCGAUCUUGUCGUCAACUUCAACAGCCCUAAUGCCAUUAAAAACAUUGAUGAGUUCACGGACGGCAUUGGGCUGUAUGGCGCUGUGGUCUGCACUGACGAUGUACCAGCCGGUGACUGGUCUCUGCACCGCCUUCAACCUAGGGGUGUUUGCGUGAUGCUUGGUUUACCAGAAUCUGGGUUCCGAUUCGAUGCAUUCAAUCUGGUCUUUCGAGAAAUCGUUGUGAAAGGAUCAUUGCACUGUCCUGUUCACGAAGUCAAGAAUAUGAUUGAGGCUGUUUCUGAGAAUAGGAUUGUCAGCCAUCUGACCGUGUUGCCCUUAGAGAAGGGAGAGGACAUUCCUGAGCGAGCAGCAGCUCAUUCAUUCACUGGCCGACUAGUUGUCCAAGUAUAA